AUGAGCAGCUCGGCACAGGAAUCGGCCUCAAGGCUGCCGGCGCAGACGAGCCCCAAGAAGAAGACGGUCGCGCCCGCCAUUCGCUAUCCCUUUUGGUUCGGCGGCAGCGCCAGCAGCUUGGCCGCCUGCGUCACGCAUCCCUUAGAUUUGGUCAAGGUCCGAUUGCAAACGCGGCAAGGCAACGCCCCCCAAAACAUGAGCGGCACCUUUGUCCACAUUCUCAAAAACGACGGCCUCAUCGGCCUAUACUCUGGCAUCUCCGCUUCGCUCCUGCGCCAGCUAACCUACUCGACCGUGCGCUUCGGCGUCUACGAGGAGCUCAAGACGCGCUACACCCGCACCGGGCGCACCGCCGGCUUCCCGGCCCUGACGGCCAUGGCCAUGACCUCGGGGUUCCUCGGCGGCGUCGCCGGCAACUUUGCCGACGUGCUCAACGUGCGCAUGCAGCACGACGCCGCGCUGCCGCCCGCCCAGCGCCGCAACUACAAGAACGCCCUCGACGGCAUGGUCCGCAUGGCCCGCGACGAGGGCCUCGUCUCGAGCUACUUUCGCGGCUGGCUGCCCAACGCGAGCCGCGCUGCCGUCAUGACGGCCGGCCAGCUCGCCACCUACGACACCUUUAAGCGCCUGCUGCUCGAGUACACACCCCUGGGCGACACCAUGACGACGCACUUUACCGCGUCAUUUCUCGCCGGCCUGGCGGCGGCCACGGCCACAAGCCCCAUCGAUGUCAUCAAGACGCGCGUGAUGUCGUCGUCGAAGAAACAGGGCAUCGUGCAGGUCAUUGGCGACAUUUCCCGCACCGAGGGCAUGCGCUGGAUGUUCAAGGGCUGGGUCCCCAGUUUCCUGCGACUCGGACCGCACACUAUUUGCACAUUUCUCUUCUUAGAAGCGCACCGCAAGUUGUAUAGAGCGGCCAAAGGGAUCGACGAUGGCAAGGAGUAG